UCCGAAAAAGCGUGUUUUUCUCUUAUUUUAAGGUAUUUUGUUUCUUUUUUAGAAUUUUAGAAUAGUUUUUUAUUUGCUUUAACCUUUAUAACGCUAUCCCUAAUUUAAAAAUUAACCUUUAAUUAAAGCGCAGCACCCGUUAAGGUGCGAUAAACUUGCGUAAACAGCAUAAGUACAUAAAUUAUCAACUAUCGACUUGCUAUACAGGGGUUCAUAAAAACAUAAAGGGGAAUUGGCAUCCAUCGUUUCUGUUUGUCGACAUCGCCAUGCCUGACUCUACUGUCUCUACUGCCGACAAGAAAAAGGCUCCUGGUGGGCAGCUUGAGCUACUCUGGGUUAUCCUGCCAAAACUUCCCUUGAUCGUUAAGGUCAUUCUGUUACAUCUCAUCGGCGGGUCCGAGACCUCUCGGUAUCGGGAUCUCAAGAGCGACGUGACCGUCGCGCUAAUACGGUCGUUGAUUAACCCAUCAAAACCGAAAUCUCUUUCCGAGGUCCAGGCCAUGACCUUGAAGGACCCUGGCGUCAAGGGCAAGUUAUGGGUUAGCACGGUGGCAUCUGAGCCCCCUCCCGAGCGAGGAAUUCGGGACGCCCUGUUAGCAGUCAUCGACGCUUUGAGCGAGCCUAGCGUAAGAGGUACGGAGCCGUCGUUCAAGAUACCAGAGCUCGUUCCCGUCGAGGCCGAAUGGACGGGAUACAGAGCUGCCGCAUCUAAGAACUCGAAAUCACCGGAGAUCUCAGAGGAGCAGAAGUACCACGAGAUGAUGAAGGAGUGCAAGAACUCAACGACGAUCUUGUACUUCCACGGUGGCGCCUACUAUCUGUGCGAUCCGUCGACACACAGAUUGCUGAUGAAGCGAUUGACCAAGCUGACGGGUGGUCGCGCGUAUUCGGUCAGGUAUCGACUUGCGCCGCAAGACCCGUUUCCAGCUGCGCUAUUAGAUGCCUUCGUCUCUUAUUUUACCCUCCUCUACCCGCCUCCCGGGUCGAUACACGAAGCUGUUUCUCCCGGGGACAUUGUAUUUGGCGGUGAUAGCGCGGGCGGCAACCUCGCUCUGGCCCUCCUUCGAACGCUAAUGGAGAUCCGCCGCCAGAACCGCAAGAUCAAUUGGUUUGGCGAGGAGCGAGAAGUGCCCCUACCCGCCGGCCUUGCUAGCAUGUCCCCAUGGAUAGAUAUGGUGCAGAGUCUGCCUUCGUUGACUAGGAACCAAAAAUGGUGCUAUCUUCCUCCCCCAAGGCUCCUCUCGGAAGAACAUCAACCACCGGCGGAUAGCAUAUGGCCGGCUAAUCCACCCCGAAAGCACGUUUACGUCGACGAUGAAUACAUACUUCACCCGUUGGCUAGCUUGCAGAUGGAUGAUGGCACCUGGGAGGGCGCCCCGCCCAUGUAUAUCUCCUGCGGCUGGGAGAGCCUCGAAGACGAGAUUAAGUACUUCGCGUCGAAGCUCACCAGGGACGGCGUAACGGUGGUGUUUGAGGAGUACCAAGCGAUGCCGCACGUGUUCGAGGAACUCCUGCCCAAGCUCCCCGAGUCGCAGCAUAACCGAGAGGGCUACGCGAAUUUCGUCAAGGCCGUGUGCAAAGACCCAAAGAGCAUCAAGCCGUCUUAUACGGCAAUCAAGGCGAAGACUCUAGAGGAAUUGGAAAUAUACGUGGACAAGCUGACCCCGCAUAGCGACGAGGAAGUAAGGGAGCUGGCUCGACAGAGAGUUUCCGUACAAGAAGCACCUGUUGCGCCGGCUCCUGAUGUGCCGUCGAAGUUAUGAGCUCUCGACUUAACUUGUUAGUGUCCUUGGCUUUGCAGGUAUUUAUAAUGAGGAGGGUUGUAGACGAUGUGUAUGUUUUUUUUUUAUGUCUUAAGUAUAAAUGGUAACGACCGAGAUAUAUAAUGUUAGUUAUUUAGUUUACGGAUGUAUUUCUCCAUUAUUCUAGAAAGGAAUAGGUCUCGUUUUGAAGACUGGAAUACCAAGAAUACGACGGAAUUCUCCUGUAUAUUUAUAAUAAAAAAGAAGUGCAUAGGUAUAGUUAGUUUGGGUUUCACAUAAAUGUCUAGAAGAUACAUACGAACUCCCCCAACCCAGCGGAUAUAGGCUCAGGUACAUAC